GUUGUCCGUCGUUUUUAUCGUUCCGGCAGAAACACAGUUCCGCUCAUGCGGAGGAGGUCACAUCCCACAACAAACUCUCAUCCUGGUCUAAAACUCAGCUGUCAGAGUCCCUCAUGCUGCUGCUUCGGCGCUCGGCUGUAGGUUUGGGCGGUGUCGCUCGAUGGGGAGUCCGGUGUUUGUGCUCCGGAGACGCAGCGGGCCGGUACCGGGAUACUGUCCUGCUUCCCCGCACUGACUUCCCCAUGAAAGUGAACGGGCCGAACCUCCUGGAGCGAGAGAUCCAAAUUCAGCAGAAAUGUGGUUUCGAUCAGCUGUACACAUGGCAAAGAGAAAGAAAAGCCAAGAAGGAGUACUGUCUUCACGAUGGACCACCCUAUGCCAACGGAGACCCGCAUGUGGGUCAUGCUUUAAACAAGAUUCUCAAAGACAUCCGCAACCGUUUCGAGGUGCUGAGAGGAAGACAGGUGCACUACGUGCCCGGCUGGGACUGCCAUGGGCUGCCCAUUGAGCUCAAAGCACUGGGAGACCUGGGAACCAGUGAGCUGACACCUCUACAGAUCAGACAGAAAGCUCGUGAGUUUGCAGAGAAAGCCAUAUCUCGGCAGCGUGCGGCAUUCCAGCGCUGGGGUGUCAUGGCUGAUUGGGAAAAUUGUUAUUACACGUUUGAUGGCAAAUAUGAAGCAGUCCAGCUGAAGGUUUUUCAGGAGAUGCACAGCAAGGGUUUCAUUUAUCAGGAUUACAAGCCUGUAUUCUGGUCACCAUCAUCCAGAACGGCCCUCGCAGAAGCCGAGCUGGAGUAUAAUCCUGAACAUGUGAGCCGUGCCGUUUAUGUCACUUUUCCUCUGGUCACCCUGCCUGCCAAACUCGCUCCAAAUGCCGAAGGUUUGGGUCGUGUGUCUGCUCUGAUAUGGACCACUCAACCCUGGACAAUACCGGCCAAUCAAGCAGUUUGCUACAUGCCCAAAUUAAAGUACUCUAUAGUGAAGAGAGCUGAUAAUGAGCAGCUCCUCCUAGUGGCCACAGAGCGCAUCAGCAGCCUCACCUCUAUACUGGGGACCAAUCUGGAGAGCUUGGCUACGUUUGCAGGGUCAGAUCUCGAAGGCGGGAUUUGCCAACAUCCCACAAUUCCUUCAAAAAAAGUGCCUUUGUUGCCCGCUAAUCAUGUGACGAUGGCCAAGGGAACGGGAUUGGUCCACACAGCUCCGGCUCACGGCAUGGAUGACUAUAGCGUCGCCACACACUUCAAUCUGCCUGUGGAGUGUAUGGUUGAUGAGGAGGGCAGGUUUACAGAACUUGCCGGAGCAGAACUGCAGAAUAUGUCUGUGAUGACUGAAGGGAGCGCUGCAGUGAUCUCAAUGCUUCAGGCAGCAGGAGCUGUUGUGAAAGAGGAAGAUUGCGUUCACAGUUACCCGUACGACUGGAGGACCAAACAGCCGGUGGUCAUCAGAGCCAGUAAACAGUGGUUUAUUAAUACAGCCAGUCUUAAAGACAAAGCUAAGACCGCUCUGCAGAAGGUGCGUGUGAUACCAGAAUCCUCGAGAUCCAGUUUGUUGGCAAUGUUGGACAGAAGAACAUACUGGUGUAUUUCUCGCCAGAGGAGCUGGGGCGUCCCCAUCCCUGUGUUUUACCAUAAAGAGACCGGAGAACCGCUAUUAAACAAACAUUCAGUGACUCACAUCGCACAAAUUUUCUCUGAGAAAGGGAGUGACAGCUGGUGGGCGGAGCCGGUGGAAACAUUUCUCACUCCUGAAGUUCUUCAGAAGAGUAAAGCGGGUGCAGCGUCAGAUUACGUGCGAGGGGAAGAUGUCCUGGAUAUCUGGUUUGACAGUGGAGUCUCUUGGGCUGCUGUACUGCAGGAAUCAGACCCGCGUGCUGACUCGUACGUGGAGGGUAAAGAUCAGAUCGGUGGUUGGUUCCAGUCGUCUCUUCUCACUAGUGUAGCUGUAAAGAAUAAAGCCCCUUAUAGAGCACUAGUGGUCCAUGGUUUUGCUGUAAGCGAGAAAGGAGAAAAAAUGUCCAAGUCUGUCGGAAACGUGAUCGACCCGGAUGAUGUCAUCAACGGGGGAAAGGACUCGUCUGUUUCUCCUCCGUAUGGUGCUGAUGUUUUGAGAUGGUGGGUUGCAGAGUCGAACGUUUUCUCUGAGGUUCAGAUCGGAUCAAAGACACUUAAUGCAGCCAAAGAAAGCAUAAACAAGUUGAGGAACACUUUGAGGUUUCUCUUGGGGAACCUCCAGGGCUUUGAUCCUCGUUCUCAGGCUGUGGACCCCAAACAAAUGCACUACAUAGAUCAGUACAUGCUGCACCGGCUCCGAGAGUUCAGUAUAAAGGUAACUGAUGCUUACAGCGAGUUUGACAACGGUCGGGCCAUCCGCUUGCUACAAGCGUUCAUCACCAGUGAAUUAUCAAACUUCUACUUCAGCAUCAUUAAAGAUCGAUUAUAUUGCGAUGCUGAGGACUCUUUAGGUCGAAGGUCGUGUCAGACGGUCCUAGAGGAGAUCCUAGAUGGAGUGUCACGUGUUGUUGCACCUGUUCUCCCUCACUUGGCUGAAGAGGUGUACAUGCACGCACCUGGACAUGACGAGGGUGAGACUUUGUUUCGUAGCGGUUGGAUUAAGUCCAGUUCUGUGUGGCGGCGACCAGGAUUGGAGGAAGCUGUGGAGGGGGCGUGUGCUAUACGAGAUUCCUUCCUGUCUUCUAUUCCAGGACGUAACGCUGCAGAGUAUGACCUCAUUAUUACCAUCGAGCCCGGCCUGUUCUUUGAGCUCAUGGAGUCUCUUCAAGAGGAGCCCACGUCCACCUGCUCUCAGCUGACUGAACUCAUGAUGACCUCACGUACCACACUGACCUGCUCUCCACCACGAGAUUUACCAUCGGAUGCAGUGACCAGUUCUGGAAAGUUCCUCAUCAAUCUGGAGGGUGGCAUGAUCCAGGAGGAGAGUUCAUACAGCAUAGCCGCGAUGCCCACCUCUCUCUCUCGGUGCCCGAGAUGUCGUCGCUACACGUCAGACGAGCCUGAUUGCCUGUGUCCACGAUGCCAGACCGUACUGGAGAAUGCCAAGUAACCUUGACUGUUGCCAUGACUACCGCUCGCCCACUGGCCCACCUCCUUUAGUGAUAAUUGCACAUCACUGCAAGGGCUACAAUGGACCAAUAGGAAGCUGCUAGUGUAAAAUGCAAAAAGUUGCUGUGGGUACGACUCUCAGGGGUCAAAUAGUAGAUGGACUGUUAGAAAUGAAAGCGAAAUAGGAAAGAGAAACUGAACGAAAGAAAUGCUUUCAUUGGGAACUGGGUUGAAGUGGACAAAUCUGAAUAAAAAUGAUUAAAUGGAGAGGGCUUAUGCACUUAUAUCAGUGCUGUUUGUUAACUGAUUGUUAAUAUCUUGCAAAGUUUAUCUAUAUGUGCUUGUGCUGAAUAUAGGGUUUUGUUGAACACGUCGAACUUUAUUGGCUGUAAAUUCACAUUCUGUGUAAGACAUGUUUUUAUUGUGUGACAUGUUAUGUACUGUACUGUCAGUGGGAUUCAUUGAUGAAAUUAGCAGAAAAAAUUGCGUUAAUAUUUAUUUAACUAUGUUUGGAAUUUAUGCAAAUUCAAAUAAGUUCGGCUUGUUUCAUGAAUGAGGCUGAAUGUCAAUUUUAGUUUUGUUUACCUGCAAAUGAAGCUUCAAUGCGAUUCCUUUUAUCUCAAAGCCAAUAAACAAUACCAUAAUACCAACUCUUUUAUAGCUUUAUGUAUACAUUGGUUUUUAUUUUCAUGGGUCAGAGUAAAUUUUUAUGUUGGUGUUGUUUUUGUGUUGAGAUCUUGUAGGAUAUUAGUCAUUCAAAAACAAAACCCUCAUUAAAAAUCCAAAAAUAUUAGCU